UCACUCAUAUUUCUCUCCUCCUUUCCUCUCAGGAAGUGUUCGAUUCUUAUUAUCGUUCACUCCCUGAGUCUCUCUCUCUCUCUCUCUCGCGCGCGCGCGUUUAAAAUCUCUGUGAAUAUUUUCUCUGCCAUGGCGUCCGAUCCUUUCUCAGACAAGAAUGCUGUUUUCAGAAAACUGAAGGCCAAGUCAGAAAACAAGAUGUGCUUCGAUUGUAAUGCCAAGAACCCAACUUGGGCUUCUGUGACUUACGGGAUCUUCCUCUGUAUCGAUUGCUCGGCCGUGCAUCGUAGCCUUGGCGUUCACAUCAGCUUUGUCAGGUCGACGAAUUUAGACUCAUGGACUCCUGAGCAGCUGAAAAUGAUGAGCUUUGGGGGAAACAAUCGUGCACAGGUCUUCUUUAAGCAGCAUGGAUGGACUGAUGGGGGCAAAAUUGAGGCAAAGUAUACAUCAAGGGCUGCUGAUUUAUAUCGGCAAAUACUUUCAAAAGAAGUUGCUAAAAGUAUGGCAGAAGAGGUGGGUUUGCCAUCAUCACCUGUUUCUUCUCAGUCAGCACAAGCAGCUAAUGGACUCCCUGAUGUCAAGACAAGUGAACCUCCAAAAGAAAACUCCUUAGGAAGGCAAGAAACGCAUGAUACCACUGCUUCACCUAAAGCAACUCAUACAGUUCUUACCGGUACUGUCAAGAAGCCUCUUGGUGCCAAGAAAACUGGGAAGACUGGGCUUGGUGCUAGAAAGCUUACUACCAAGCCAAGUGAAAAUCUCUAUGAACAGAAGCCUGAGGAACCAACUAUUCCAGUUCCUGCCACAAAUAGCACUCCAACAGCAGGCCCAUCUCUUGCAUCUCGCUUUGAAUAUGUAGAAAAUGUCCAAUCUUCUGAGAAUAGCUCUAGUGGCCCACAUGUGAUAAGCCAUGUAUCUGUGCCAAAAUCAUCAAGCUUCUUUGCAGAAUUUGGAAUGGAUAGUGGUUUUCCAAAAAGGGCUGGCUCAAACUCCUCAAGAGUUCAAAUUCAGGAAACCGAUGAAGCAAGGAAGAAGUUCUCAAAUGCAAAAUCUAUUUCAUCAGCCCAAUUCUUUGGGGAUCAUAACAAAGCUACUGAUGAUGCUCAUGUUUCUUUGCAGAAGUUUUCAGGUUCAAAUUCCAUCUCCAGUGCGGAUCUUUUUGGUCACGACAUGGAUAAUUCCUCUGUUGAUCUUACAGCUGACAUCAUAAACCGGCUUUCUUUCCAGGCACAACAUGAUAUUUCCAACCUAAAAAACAUUGCAGGCGAGACCGGAAAGAAGCUCUCUUCGUUGGCAUCCACUUUAAUAACAGAUCUUCAGGACAGAAUCCUGUGAUAUUAUUAUGUUGUGUUGGAAUACAAAAAGAAUGAGGAGUUUGUUACAGUACCAGCCAAAUAUGUAGUGAAUGUAAAAUGAGUUCAUUAUAAAAAUUCUUUUAAAAGACUGAAAUAAGAUUUUAAACUCUCUCUAGGGCUUGUCGUGACAGGGUGACAGGCUGGUUAUCUUAUUUUGUUAGCACAGGUAUUUCAAUAUUACUUUGUGUUUUAGUUGUUUUUAUUUUGAGAUCUUAUGCGUGUGUGAACCUCAGUGAACUCUCCUAAUCUGUAUCAGGAAAAUUCAGAAAGCUACCUGUCAGUUAAAAAAUUGCCUUUUUUUA